AUGCUCGGAAUGUUUCGAACUUCAGAAGACUUUGUAGAGUCGGUUUUCUCGGCCCUCAACGCAUCAAAAACUCCCUGCGUACUCUGGGGACACUAUCUGCUUAAUGUCCACGGCGUGCCUUCAAUCAUAGGGGUAGAUUUUGUCGUCCAAGAUAAAAUGCUUUCGGUAGGCGCCGAUGCUAUUUCAGAAUUACCCGAAAUCGAGCAAUGCCCAUCCGUGGAACUAUGCUUUGCGAGCUCGCCUGAGCGCCGAACACCACCGCCUGCAUUUCAUGUGCACAUCAAAUCCUCGGAGCUCACCAUAGGGUUAUACCUACAGUCAGAAACACUAUGGUUUCUACCAGACUUUGACGAUUCCCUCUUAGCUUUCGAAGACAAGCAAUCAGCGACAUUUGCUCUUGCUCAUAACCGAGAUGUGCUUCCACCCUGGCGACCGGGUCGCGGAUCUGGUGCUUUCAAAUCUACCGACACCUCCAUUGUCGUACCCAGAUCUCACAUACUGUUAGAGGCUUACCUGCGACUCUAUGCUCGUGACUCGGGCAAGACAAUGGGCUCCUUCGCCAUGGCCAUGAUCGCCUACAUGGAGGAAUAUGUUGACGACGACGGUUUGCUCGACUCGAAACAACUUCCGGAACCGCUGAAGUCAUUUUACGACGAGCUUCGAGUCGGUGAAAAGCCACUCCAACAGUGGACAAAGGAAUUCAAAGAGAGCCUUAAUAUUCCUGACGAAGAGUCUGAGGAUGAGGAUCUCUGGUACUGA